UUCAUAGUUUAAAAACGUAUGCACCAAAAUCAGAAGAAGUUUCUACUACGGAGACUGCUGUCUUUUUUUGGUUGUUGGAGUAUAUCGAACGACUUCGUUUUGACGUUCAAGGUGUUCUUGUUUAUUACCACUUCUAAGUUUACUAUGCCGACUCUCCUCCCUAAGCAUAAUAACUUGAUUUUCGCAAAAGGAUCACCUCGAUCAGUGGAAUCUUCCGACGACGAUGAACUCCCACAAGAAAAGGUUUUCACGUUCGACGAUGUCCGCAUCACGCCUUCCUACAUGCUCUUCGACAAUGCCUACGAAGGCAAACACUACAAAGAACGUCUGGUCAUCCAGAACUGCGGCAGCCGCUUAGCCUUCAUCCGCCUCUGCGAACCCAACUCUAAAACGUUCGAGUUCGCAUCCUUCACCAGCGGACAGUACCUCUCGCCUGGGAUAAAGAUCACUCGGACCGUCCAUUAUACAUACAGGAGAACCGGAGGGGUGCUGAAGGGUUUCACUACCAUAUGGGUGAACGGUAAAGAGAUGCGCUACCACUUCGUUGUGAAGCUCUCCAAGUCGAUACUCUCUCUCGAACCGCAACUGCUCGACUUUGGAAGGAUAGACGCGGUUAAUCAUGCGACGACUCGCAUUUUUUACAUAAAAAACUCGGGCUUCAAGGGGACUCACUUCGCCAUCGACAUGGCCAAGAACGCGCUGGAGAUGACCAUCGAGCCGCGCAAAGGAGUCCUUCCCGCCAGAAGUUCGGUCGCCAUCAAAGUGGAGAUCGUCGGCAAGGAGGAAGGGGAGUUCCUCGAGGAAUUGUGGGUUAAGUCGGACCCCCCGCUACGAGUAGUCAUGAUGGGAGCUUUCAUUUCGCCGAAACUCCUCGUCAGGAAGUUCAUCAAUAGUUUGGACUUCACCCUCCUCGACUUCCCUCCUACGUACUACGGCUCUACGUCCACUCAGCCUCUCUUGAUCAAAAACUUUAGUUCCUCGCAUUCUAUGUUUUGCGUCAUGGCCGAGAUCAAGGGUAGCAUCGUGACGUUGGACGAGGCGAGAAAAAUCGACGACAACUACCGCAAUUUCAUUAUAAAACCGAUCGACGGGCGACUGUCGGCUCUUAAAGGAGCUAUAAUUCAGAUGACAUUCGCCCCUAUCGUGACGCGAGCUAGGAAAGAUAAAAAUUACGCCGCUUGUUUUCUGAAAGUCAUCCGCAUGGACUGCAGAGACGUGACUCCUAGCGACGCCAUGUUCGCACCUAGUGCUCAACCUUCGUCUAUCACGGCAAUGGACUCGGAAUCGAUACAAACAAAUUUGACCAGAGAGAUAAGCAACUUGAGUGCCGUUGCGAUUUUGAAUAUGACACCUCCGCAGGACGAAUCGGAAGAAAACUUCAGUUUCGAACACGCCAUAGGUGUUUGCGUGCACGGAGAAAAAGAGUAUGCUGCGGUGGUGUUAAGACCGACCUUAAUGACUUUAGAAGGGUUGGUUUUGGAGAAAGUUUAUCGACGAGAACUGCUUAUCAUGAACAACUCCACGCACUUGCCCUUACGGGUAAAGUACAAUAAGUCGGUCUGCAUCGACGUCCAUCCGAACGAGUUCGAUUUGGCGGGUGGCCACAGUUUAGUGGUGUCAGUCACCAUAAGAGCCGUGUCGCUGUCUCGCGAAGAGAAGAAGAUCACAUUCGACUUGCUAGCCGAAGACUUUCCGAAAAAGGGUACGUUUAAAAGAGUGGGGCAAGCCGAUCUGUCGAUCUCCUUCGCAGCCAGGGAGGUUGAGAGGAAGCCAGGAAAGAAGCAGUGCGUUUGCGACAAGUUGCCUUUAACGUUAAAGCCGGAACUGCCGCAUCGACUUACCAGAGUGGAGCUACAGAAGAAAAUGCAACACAACGACUUUUGGCUGGCGUACAUAAGAAGUUUACAAUCGAAACCGAAACAAGACACCGCGGACUGGCACGAGUACGAGUUGAGCCAAUCCAAGCUUGGAGAAUAUGGCGGCGAGUGCGGGAAAAUCGUCAGAAGAAAUAAAGAACCGUUGGCAAGUACUUCGUUUUAUCCUUUGGCGCCAAGACUUUUGUACAACGUGAAGAUAACUCCAAAAUCGAUUCGGCUACGAAAGGUGGCAGCCUUCACGACGGUCACGGACUUCUUCGUGAUCGAAAACCGGAACACGUUUCCGAUUUUCGUCAACUUGAAAUCGUCCAAAUCCUUCCUGUUUUUCGAGGGCGACACUCGAUACUCCAUCGCUCCGAAGGAAAAAAAGAAAAUGUAUUUUAGCUUUAGUACUUGCAGCACUGGCCGGUACUACAUCAACAUAUACGUUUUGGUUAACUAUUCUACGUUGUACGAAGUGACGGCGGUCGCUCAAGUAGUACCCAAAACUCUCAAACUAGACACCGAGACGAUUGAAUUCACCGAGCAGGACCGCAAGUUUAAAUUUUUCAAAAUCAUCAACAGCCUUAAUGCCUACACCAGUUUUGACUGGGAAAUAUCGGCAGGCUCUUUCACGUUAUGCCCGUCCGCUGGCGGAAUUAAAGCGGAGAAGUUUCUACUGUGUGCGGUCACUUACUGGCCUAAUCCGAUCGAACUGAACACCAGCGAGUGCGUCUUGACGUCCGAGAGCGGUCAAAAAAGGAAUUUGUUAGUGACGUACAAAAGACGCCAAACUUCUGUCGUUUUCGACACGUACAGUGUUAACUUCGACGUGAUUCCGUUGAACAUGCCGGUCAGGAAAAAAUUAACUUUGAUGAACCUGAAAGAGUUUCCGAUUUUGUACAGCAUUCCAAACGAGAUCUCUGUUCCUGGGAUUACAAUCAAUCCAACAAGGGGUAUCCUAGAGGGGCUAGACAGUCAAGUGUUUAUCAUCAGCGUUCUUUUGCAAGCCGUUAUCCAGUUCGAAAUCGACAUAGUCUUCCAGAUCGACGAGGGCGAAGAAGUCAAAAUUAAUUUGAAGGGAUGCGUCGAAUACCCCGACAUUAUCCUCAAACCUGAAACUCUGUUCUUUAGAAAGAUAGCGCCGUAUUCUUUCGACACUUUGGCUUUUAAAGUGACCAACGUUUCCAAAGGCGUAGUGUGGAUUUCUUUCAUUAUAGACGAAGUUCCAGAGUUUUCCGUCACAGAUUCCGAAGACGAUCAAUACAAACAUCUAGGUAAAGUGGUUCUGCAAGUGGAAGAAACUAAAAUCCUUUUUCUCCACUUCCAUCCCAACUACGUCAGCACGUAUGCGCUGUUGCUGCCGUACGUCGUUAACGACAUUAUAGGACCUGCUUUUCGUAAGAGCAGUAGCAGCGCCACUCCAGUGUACUUUCUCCAAGAAGAACAUUUACGCUAUGGUGGAAUCAGGGGUGUUACGAUUAAAAAAAUUCCUAGGUCGCUGGCUCUGAUCAGAGUAAAUUGCUCCGCGAUCGACAAAACCCUCGAAUUUUCGAGUCUCAACAUAAGGUUCUUCUACUUCGGGGAGGGCCACUGCAACAACAUGACUUCCACUACUUUCGAAAUUACAAAUGUGACCACUGAAACUGCCGCUGUUUGUAUACGAAUCGACGAUCUGGGUGAUCCGUUCGCUCUGGCUCCAACGAACGACGUCGAAGUCGAAUAUUACGAGGUCUCGUACAAAAUCAACUUAGAACCCGGUCAGACGGUAAGCUUCAACGCAGAAUUUUUUCCGAUGGAAAAGGGUGACUAUGAAAUCGAACUACCGAUUUUUUUACGUCACUACUAUGAUAAUAAAAUUUUCAACUACUUGACGCUACACGGGGUCUACGAUACCCCGGUGAUACUUCCGUCGACCCAGCAUUGUGACUUCGAGCCGGUACCGUUGAACACGAACAGCCAACUCCAGAUACGUUUGCAUAUGUUCAAUCAUUUCGAAAAUUGCAAAAUUUCGGCGAAGAGCGACUGGGAGAAUCUGAACGUUAGGUUUGAAGAACGAACGAUUUCGAAAGUAGAAACUCUGAUGGACGUCACCUUGCACUACGAAUGUUCGCACCCGACGUGCUUCAACACCAUUGUUCAGUUUUGUUGUUCUUGCGAUUCUACCUGUGUGGUAGAGGUGACAGGAGUGGUCGAAAACUGUCUUUUGACCACGCACGCAUUCUAUUUCUUGAUAACACAGCAAAAAGACAACGACGACAAAACUCGUAAAUCUAGCAUGGACGAAUUUUCACACCACCAUAGACCGAGGUCGCAAAAACAAACAUUGACAAAUAGAAACACUACUUGCUUUCCGCUUUUUCCAACCGACGACGACACGUCCGCAUACGCGAAUUACAUGAGAAAUCUCCAAAAGGCGUUAGAGCAAUGGCUGUUCAGUCAGGGUUUCUAUUUCAAAGGGUACUAUCGAAUACCGGAAGGAUUCUCGGAAUUUUGCAAAGUUCGAGAACCUCUAAAGAAAAGGAUUUUCGGAGGACUAAUGCCACCCAAAGUAUCCGACAUGCCGUUGCUCCAACUCAUCAUGAAUAUAGCAGGAAAGGACAUAAGGGACAAGCUAGCACCCAGUUUUCCGAAGGACCUCGAAGAAACCACGUGGUUGUCGUACGUGUCAAAAACGAACGCCAACAUCUUACGCUACCUUGAGGAUUUUCCCGUGUCGUUGCCCCACGUCAAGGCUAAAUACCUCCUAAACUAUGACCAGUACGUGCAGUACGAGAAUAUCAAGCGCCCUAAGCAGAAACCGAUGGACGAAGCGAUCUUCUACCGCCUUUCUAAACAGUGCUGGAUCGAUCUGAUUUUGCAGAUCAUCAAAGCAUUCUUUUUUUUCCGCACCGUGCCGUACGUCCCUCCGGUGUCGGAAGAAAACCUGACUGCUCAAAGGGACGGCAAGCGCGGAUACUCUUUUAUCUCGGUGUCAAAGAUAUCCUUUGACGCGGAAGAGGAAAUUUUUAUCGAAAUGGACGUGUACGGAGAACGCGAGAAAGCGCUAAAAGAGUGGCUUCGGGUUUGCUACAGCGAAGAGAAGUCGAAACUGUGGUCUCCGCCGCCGGCCGACAAAGAUCUGGUAUUCCUGAAAGCAGACCUUCAAGACGGGUUGGUCCUGGGAGCCGUGACGGCCCACUACUGCCCGUACGUCCGGUCGGAAAUCAAGCAGAUGUACACCGCCUCGUUCAAUCCCGAGGAGAUUUUCCACAACAUUUGCGUUUUGGUCAAGACGUGGCAGAUGCUGAACUUCAGCUACGUCAUAUCGCCGUCGCAACUCAGCGAAACCGAAAUGGUGGAAAUACUCCUCAUUGUCAGCUAUUUAUACGACAUUCUGCCGCACUAUUCUCCCUGCGAGGACAUUAAGAUCGAGGCGCUUUUGACUCAGUCGAACGUAUCUCAGCUGGACCUGGUCAACUUAGGAGAAGAUCCGAUUUACUACAAGGAGGUGUUCUUCGGCAACGACAGUCACUUGUUUACGGUGCUCCACGACAACAUCACGGUUGAACCGCGCCAGUCGAAGGCCUUGAAAGUGAGGUUCCACGCGAAGUCGGUCAGGACUAGCUUGGCGACUUUGGUGUUGUGCGGCGAAACUCCCGGACACAAGUUCGGGAAGAGCAUCGCCGUAAACAUCGUCGGCAUUCCCGACGUUUCCUACGCCUGCAUGGAGAUUCCCGUGACCGUCGAGCUGUACAAGCCUUGCGAGAUCGUCUUCGAUCUCCAGUCGCCGUUCAAAGUGGAAGCCGAUUAUUUAAUCUACGUCGGGUACCAGCACGUGUCUCAAGAGAAAAACGUCUUGUUUCCUUGGGAGGAGCUCAAACGCCUGAAGACCGUCAAGGAGUUUGUCCUCGAAAGCUCCGUAGCACACUUCAACUCGCAAGGGCAGUGCGUCGUGAAGCACGCAUUUUGUUGUCAGCAUAUCGAACCUAGAGACAUGUGGAUCUACUUCACGAAUCCCGACGUGGGAGACUGGGGAAUAAAAGUGACGAUGACGGGAACGGUAACGAAAGAUUGCUACGAACGACUCUCCCUUGUCGUUCCCGAGAACUACGAGAACUUGGUGUGCAGGUGCAAGAUAAAGCCCUGCGUGACCACAAACUGUCCCAUGAUCCUGUAUCUCACCAUACCCAUGAAGAAUGUCAUCUUGUGGCACGCCCGAAAGAAGAUGGUCAUGCAGUACGUACAAGGAGAAGAGUACAAGUUUUGGUUCAAACGAAUCUAUACUCCCACCGGUACUCGCAUUUUGAAGCUCAUUCUAAAUUCCGAAACUCAUCCGAUGCGACAGACCACCGAAGAGACGGUCACAUACCAAGUGAAACUUCCCAACCGUUGUCCUUUCGUCACUCUGAAAACAGUCGUCUUCGAAGACAUCACUUCCGAGGACACUUUCCAGCUCCCGGUACAUCCGGUCAAGAACUUGCUCAAAGCGAGCAAGUGCACUCUGGAGUUGAUCUCGGAGAAAAUGGACGAAACGCGUUUCUACGAGGUGGUCUUCAAAAGUGGAAAAGAAUCUAGUUAGGGACUGGAAUUUCGGCAAUAAAGG